AUGACGCGGGUAGCAGUGAGGCGAGCAGCCAGCCUUUGCGCCUGUAAGUGUCUCGCGCUGCGGACGCUUCGGUUGCCGGAGGUCAGAGGCGGGUGUCCUGCCCCACAGCCAUGGAGCAUGAAGCAAUUCUGCAGUGCGGCCCAAACCUCGGUCCGGCGUGGCCAAGUGCUGAGGCGUCUGAAAGUUUGCAGCUGGCAAGAGGCCUUGUCCAUAUUCAGCGAACUGCGGCAGGAGGGUGCGCUCAGCGCAGCCCUGUUCACUGCGCUCAGCUCCGCACAGCGGCGUGCGGCCCGUUGGGAGGGGGCGGUGCAGCUGUUGGAGCAGAUGCCCAAGGAUGCCAUCCGGCCGGAUGUGGUGAACUUCAAUGCGACCAUCAGUGCUUGCAGUGCUGCAAGCCAGUGGCCGGCAGCCAUCGCGCUUUUGCAGAGCAUGCAGAUGCAGCAGGUGAGUGGAGACCUCAUCAGCUACAACGCCACCAUGUCUGCCUGUGACCAUGCCGCAGAGACCACGCAGGCUGCGAAGUGCAUGUUGCUCAUGCGCGCAGCUGCCGUUCAGCCGGAUGCCACAAGCUACAGCACCCUGAUGAGCGCCAUCACGCGUUCUGGGGAUUGGCGGGCAGUGCUGCACCUCUUCUCGGAGAUGAGGGAGGCACAGGUGCGGCGGGACUCCGUGUGCUUCAGCGUGGCUAUGGGCGCCUGCGAGAAGGCCAGCGAAUGGAUGAAAGCUGUGGAGCUCUUUGAGGCCAUGCACGGGCAGCGACUGCGGCGGGACGUGGUCAUCUUUGGGAACGCCAUGUGCGCCAUGACCAGGGCUGGGGCCGUGGACGGAGCGCUGAGCCUGUUGGGCGUCAUGCAGGCUGAGGAGGUCGCGCUGGACACCGUGGUCUGCAACAGCUGCCUCAGCGCCUGUGCCAAUGCUGCGCGCUGGGAGGAGGCGCUCCAACUGGUGGGUCUCAUGACGGAGCGCCGGCUGGCCAAGACCACGGCCACAUGCAACUCGGUGGUCCGAUCCCUGGAAGCUGGCGGGGAGCAUCGCAGGGCUGUCGCUGUGCUCCUGCGCGACUUCAUUGAGGAGGAACCAGCUGCUGAUUGCUAUAGCAGCGGGCGACACAGCAUGUUCAGGACGGCGCGGCCGAGUGCGGUGACCUUGCAGCUGCGCGAGGCCAUCGCCGACCGGCUGGAGCGCGCCUUGAUGGCCGGAGCGAGCGCGCACGGCGCUGAGAGGCAGCACCCGCGGCCAGUCGUUGCUGUUGCUGGACAGGGACUGAAACCGUCCUUGCGCCCGUCCCCCUCCUGGUGCAGUGAUGCCGCUGGGAAGGCUUUGGCCAGUGUCCUUGCGGUAGCCAACCCUGACCCGACUCCGCUGAAGGAGUUGGCAGCCCGGUUGGAGGCAGCCCUGCCUUUUCCCGCCAAGGUGGUUCCGUAUGGUUCCAUCAUCAGCCGAUUUGCGGAUCGAGAUGCUGACGCUGACCUCUCCGUACUUCCCGAGCAAUGCCAUUCCCGACAGCUACAGCAAAGGGUGCUGGUCGAGUUGCGGCAAGAGCUCUUGAAGCGGGGAUGGCAUGUGUCAGCCAUUGGCUUGGGUGGUCGCGUGCCUGUCCUGACGCUGUACUGGGCGGAGGGCACAGCCGACGUCACGGUGGGCAACCAGCUGGGAGUCUACAAGAGCGAGCUCUUGCGGGAGUACUCAAUGCUGGACAGGCGACUCUGUGACCUCGUCAUUGCAGUCAAACGCUGGGCCAAGCUGCGGCAGAUCAGCGGGCAGACGAGGGGAUAUUUGGGUGGCUAUGCGUGGACAUUGCUGGCGCUGGCCUUUGCCCAGACUGUGGCAGUGCCCUCGCUGCAGGCCAUGGCGACGCCCAAGAUUUGGACGGACACUUCGAGCUACAACGUGGCCUGGGCUGCUGCCCAGGAUGUGAGCAAGGGUCAGCUUGACUGGAAUGGCUGGACUUCAGCCGGGCUGCUUCAUGGCUUUUUCAGCUUCUUCGAUGAGACUUUCGACUUCCACCGGGAGUCUGCUUCCGUCCGCCUGGGCUGCCGGGCGGUGCGCGUGGGCAUGGACAGGCCGGACAGGCCGCGGUACAGGACGCCGCCACGUUUGUCUCUGGAAGAUCCCAUUGAGACGGACUGGGACCUGGGGGCCAUCCUGGACGCGCCGCGCCUGGCGCGGCUGCGAGCGGAGCUGCGGCGGGCCUCGCGGCGCCUACGGGCCGGUGCUCGUCAGAUAAGCCGGGCGGUAGACUGUAGGGACGCUGUGAAACGGGCCAUGGCGAGCUCUGGCACUUACAGGGCCUUGAUGUGCGAGAAGAUUUCUGCUUCCGCCUCUGAAGGAAUAGAGGCAGCCGUCAUCAAGGACCUUCCUCGUCAAGCACAGCUGGGGCAGGACGAGGUGCGGAUCUCGGCGCGUGCGGCGUCGCUGAACUUCCCCGAGUUGCUGAUGAUGCAGAACAAGUACCAGUACAAACCUCAACUGCCUUUCGUCCUGUGCACGGAAGGUGCUGGAGUGGUCACAGAAGUUGGGUCUAAGGUGACCAAAUUCCAUCCUGGAGAUCGGGUAUUUUAUGCAACUCUGGCGGGCUGUGCACGGGAGGAGAUGACUCUGUCGGAGCAGAUGUGCGUUCCACUUCCUGAUGCACUGUCCUUCAGCCAGGGAGCAAGCUUCCACAUGGGCUACACGACAGGCUACCAUGGCCUGGUGACCAGAGGGCGGCUCCAGGCUGGGGAGUGGCUUCUGGUCACGGGCGCCGGGGGCGGCAUGGGCACCAUGGCGGUGGAGCUGGGCAAGGCCGUGGGCGCCAAGGUGAUUGCGGCCGCCAGCUCGGACGACAAGCUGGAGGUCUGCAAGAAGUUGGGUGCUGACUACGUGGUGAACUACAGCAAGCAAAAGCUCAAGGAUGCUGUGGGGGAGAUUACCAAGGGGCACUACUGCGAUGUGAUCUACGACCCUGUUGGAGGAGAGAUCUUUGACCAGUGCGUGCGCUGUGUGGCCCCAAAGGGCUAUGCCAGACUUCUAGUGGUGGGCUUUGCGUCUGGCACCAUCCCAAAGUUUGGCAUCAACAUGGUCAGCGCCGAAACUCAGUCGCCGAAGUGGCUUCCCAGCUUGCAAGGCAUCACAGGAUGUGCCUCCAAUCUGCGCCUGGCCAAUUGCGUCGGAACGGAGCGGGCUGAGGGCCUGGCGCGGCAGGCCGCGGACGCGGUGGAGCUGCUGGGCGCCGGCGUGACGCUGCCGCAGGCCACGGCUUUGGUCUGCCAACUGGCCCUGGACUGCAUCGGCUUGACGAAAGCAGUGGAUUUGGAGCUCGCCUCCCAGAUGAUGGAUUGCUUCGACCAGACGGGCCUUGUGGUCUGGGGCUUCAGUGUGGAAGUCGCGGAGCUUGUUGCGCUCAGUUUGGCUGCCGUGGCCGGCUUGCUGGUCCUGGGCAACCAUGACAUGAGCGUGCCCAGCCACCGCUACGCCAAACGUGCACAGAUCGCGCCAUAUUUGGAGCCGGUGGCUGCAGACUUCGACGUCAUCUCGGCACAGGUCUACGCCGCGCUGUGUCGCAUUGAGCUGGAGGAGGGCACGCCGGAGGAGCGAAGCCUGGUGCGGGCGUUCCAGCGAAUCUGCAUUUGGAUUCUCACCAUUCUGUAUCGCUUUGAAGGCUCUGGCAUUGAAGCAGCAAAUUUGUGGGAGUGGGCUGGCGGAGAUCCACACUGGGCUUUGGUGCUGGUGAAGGGCGUGCUGGCCUUUUCUCAGGCAGAGGAGGGUCUGGUGCCAGACGAGCUGCACAGCCUAAAGGAUGCAGUUCUCCUGGCGGCCUGCAGACUGCACACGCCCGACAUCGCCUUUGGUGGUGAGUUGGAAGCAGACAUCAUCGCCGACGAUUUGGGCGGAGGCUUCUCAAUGGCUGAGCGCCUGGUGGGAUCAGAUUUACACAGAGCAAGGCUCGCUCAAGCAGCAGUUGAUGCAAAUCUCUUGGCUCCCGCUGUGGCCCAUGCGUCCUCAAGCAGUGCUGACUGUGUUGCAGCUCUGCUGAGCUUCCUCUCAGCGCUGACGAAGCCCGUGCAAAGUCAGUCGUCUGCCUGGGCCGAAGUUAUCGCAGAGGGCGAAAGCACCACCAGCAUCACUACCCGGGCGGAUGCGGAGGGCGUCAUUGACGCCUUUGCGGCUGCGGCCUCCAUGUAUCGCCACAGUGUCUGGACGCUGCUCACGUCAACCGGAACGGCUCCCAGCCUGGGCUUCCUCCGGGACUGCGCGCAGCUGGCCGCGGCCGUGCCGCCGCCGGAGCUGUGCUGCGCGGCCCUGGGCGCCUGGGCGGACGGGGCCGGCGGCGCGGAGGCGGACCUGGCGGCGCUGGCGGCGCUGGCGGCGAACGCGCGGCUGGGCCCCGCGGACCUGGCGCCGCUGCGCGCGCGCGUGGAGCAGCUGGACCCCGAGGCCUCGGAGGCCUUCGCGCGGCACAUGGCUCGGUCCCGGGCGCCCAUGCGCCAGCCGGAGACCUGGGAGCUUUGGUACAACCUGGCCGGCUCGCGCCCUCCGCCUCCAGACUCUCCAGACUCUCCAGACUCUCCAGACUCUGACGCCAAAGAGCCAAAGCCAGAGCCAAAGCCAGAGCCAAAGAAGCGGCCAGCCCAGGCAAGUCUCAGGGACAUUAUCCGAGAUGCGCCGCCUGAGCUGUGCUGCGCUCUGGACGGCAAGCUGCUGAUGGACCCAGUGAGGUCGCCUUAUGGCCACGUCUUCGAGCGCUCCAACCUUGCCAGGGCGCUGGAGCAAGAGCUUUGCCCUUUGACGGGUGAGGCGCUGCGCCUCGGGGACUGCGUGCGGGACGCGGCGCUGCGUCUCCGGGCUGCGCAGUGGGUGCGCUCCGCGCAGCGAAAGGUGACAAAUGGCUGA